AUGUUUCAUGCAUUUACCAUCGAUAACCAUUCCCCAAGCAAUCUCAAGAAGAAAGGGUCUCUGGUACGAGACAUUAAGUUAAGUCAUCAAAUGAUAAACAGCAUAAAGCUUCAUGGCAUUCUCUUAUGGGUUUCAAUGGGACUUCUUAUGCCAAUGGGAGUUCUCUUCAUUAGAAUGGGAAAUAAAGCUACUGAGAAUGGAAGAAAAGUUAAAGUUUUCUUCUACCUUCAUGUCAUUUUCCAGUUCAAGACAAAUGGGAACAUUUUCAAAAGCAAAGAGUUGUUCUUGAUGAACCGGAUCAUCAUCAAAGUAGUAACACAAAUGGAAGAAGUAAUGACAUUCAAGUGGUAA